GAGAGGUACUAUCUUGCACUACAAUGACGGAGAGCUCCCAACAUGUUAGACCUUACACUUUCGUGCUUCUCUCCGCCCCUCUCUACAUCUUCAGCAAAUCACAAGUACUGGGAGAUUUGAGCUUUUCCGGUCAAAAGAGAAAGCUUAGUGUGAAAGACGGAUGGCACAAUGCCAAGUUUAUUCGCUCUUUGUCAAAGAGAACAAGAGUUUUAUUUCAAGGAAUGCAUUGAAGCAAUUUGAAGCCGCAUUCUACCAACAAAGACUUCUUUGAACGCAACUCCGCAUGUUACUUUAUUCGAGUGAUUCUGACGAGCUUCAAACCAUCAGAUUAACUGGACUGGUAUUGUAUUAUCUUGAAAAACAUACCGCCCGAAUCAAUUCUCGACAAUAUGGAGGGCUCUGAAUGGCAACACGAACCGUUACCCGAUUUUUUGAGAAGUCCGGGGCUUCAAGAUUUCAUCAAGGAAGUUUACAAGGGCAAAAAGGCCAAGCCAACUCCCCAAUUUAAUGGCCUCCACAAUCUCGAAUUGGAUCUCGGCGAUGCAGCUUAUGAUUAUGCUGUAUUGGAUGGACCUGUUAAGCAAACGUGGGGAGAUUUGAGCCAGUGGUUCAAUGCAGCACAUGGCUACGACGGUACCUUACCAAAAGUAGCACCCCCAAAAGAAUCCGACGAGCUCGACAUACAGCCAAAAUACAAUGCUUUGUUUUGGUAUAAUAACAGCAUUGACUCGGUUUCAAACCGAAUUGCAAGGCAAGCGCAGGAAAACGACUUAGACUCUCCAGACAUCGAUUAUUAUCAUCAACCAAAGCCUUUCUUGCGUGGCUUAAUUAAUUUUGAAAAUCUCUUUGGCAAUACCAGAACCCCUUUUCCCGAGUAUAGCAAUCGGGAUCUACGCCAGGAUUUGAUUGCUGCGUCCCUGUUUCAUCAUAUUGCGACAACAAUCUUGAAGAAUCCCUUCUUCUUCUUGGAUGAUACAAAAACCUUGAAUGAGACAGUCAAUGGUCCACAAAAUCCUGUCGACCAAUUAUAUUAUGAUCUCCUCCGGUAUAAGUCCUUCCAAAACGAGCUUGUUGCUAGAUCCUUCCGAGCGAAUAUCAUUAGAUUACUUAGGCCUCGAGAGGAGUAUAGCCAUAGUAGGGGCAUCGCAGACACAACAAAUGGCAAAAUUCGCAGAGUAGCACAAGCUCGAGCAAGACAAUGGCUGAGCAGCGAAGCACAGAAUCUUUGGCUGCCAACCGCCGAUAAAAUCGACGAGCAUGAAAUUGAGAUUCUUUACGAAAGAGCAGCAGAAUUAACAGUUGAGGUUGCUGCCAUGACAGGGACGGAUAUCCUUACAGAAACAUUAGAGGAUUAUACGCCUUUCCCACACCCCACUAUUCCUUGCCUUCCUUUAUCAUUCUGGAAACAUUACAAAGCCGGCCCAAGUUGGCACAAUAUCUCCGAAGUUUCGAAGAAUGCUUUUGGAGACAUUUCUGUGCCACCACCAGACUUGAAAGAUCUAAACGAGCUCGAAAAGCAAGUCAAACUGGUCAGAUGUAGACUUGUCAUAUAUGUGUACAUUGAAGAUCCUGAAAACAUCAAAGCAACUCCCACACCGUUUGUGGAGGUCGAAUGGUACCCAUACCCACACCCGUUCGACGUUGGUUUAUGUCCAGAACAAAUAUAUCUAGAGUUACCACAAUUGGAGAAGCAAGAGCCUGAUCUUGGGGACCUAGAAAUAGUCUUGGCCAGACGCGGGUUGUUCGGAGAAAAGAUCGUUUGGCGAAAAGGGUUGAUAUUCUACAAAUGGCUCGCAAAAUCCGCUGCUUAUUAUAUUCCGUUUUAUUCAAUGGCACUGGGAGCUCCUCUUGUACUUGCAUACGUUUUUUCCAAACUUCUCUCCCUUGGGAGUGAUGAAGAGGUAGGUUGGUGGCUUUUGCCUGAUAUUUGGAAUCUACUUUACUCUUGGCGAGAUGCAUUGUCCUCAUACUUCUUCAGGAUCGCUGGCUGGCUGGGAAUCCUAAAAUGUUAUGAUCUAGCGAUGACUGCUCUCUAUAGUCUCUUUGGUUCAUGGUUUGGAACCUUUGCUUAUGGGUGGGAAUUGAUCCUUCAUUCCGUCACAACUUCGAGAGAGUACAUGUCGGGCUUGUAUGAUUCCACCGCGGAAUAUGUCGUUUCCACGAGAAUUUGGAAUAUUCAACUUUUUGAACGGGAACUCGUAAUUAGCUUCCUCAGUUUCUUUACUCUGGCUGCCAUCUUAUAUUAUCUGGCCGACAGGGCUUUUGCGCGUGGGCCAGCGCCAGCUCCGCGGUAUUCAAGUCCGCUCUUCAUUGCUUUUGUUCUAAUCCAGUUGUUAUGGCUUGGUCCUGUGCGGCUCGCGGUUAUGCAGAUUGUUGAUUACGUGUCAGAUGUACCGAAAACCGUGACGGAUAUAUUGGGGGGUUUAUUGCAUCUCCCAGAAACCUUCAACUGGGGGCUGGAAUGGAUUUCUGAAAUUGGCGGCAAUACGACCGUCUCUAUUACACCAGAACUCGACCCAAGUCAUACUGGGAUUUCGAUAAUACCGGAACCAGAGCCAGGAGCAUAUGAUGAUGAUGUUCCCCAGCCUUUUCGAUUAAGCCCAGACGUGGAAAAGAUGCUUUCAGAAUCAACAAUUGGGGACACAUUGACAGGGUCGAAACUUGGGGAGGCAAUACUAGUAUCUAAUCUUUCAAAAGAGAAAGGAUCAUUGGGCAUCGCUGAAAUGCUAGAGCGCUCAGAACUUGGUCAACAAUUAGAAGAUUUGGGAUUUGGACAAUCGCUCGUAGGGGGAGAACCAAUCGAUCAAGCUUUGAAGGGGUCUUUACUUGGAUACAUAUUAACAGGAUCUGAUACUGAAAAGAGACUAGUAACUGCACGGCUAGGAGCAACAUUAGCAAAAUCGGACCUUGCACAUAAGUUUGUAGGAUCAGAGUUCGCGAAAACGUUACCACAAUCAGCGCUCGCAGAUCUAAUAACCGAAGCCUUGAACUUAAAAAUGGGCUUGAAAAUACUAAAUUCCGGGCCGAUGGGGCAGGCGGAGGAACUGUCUUCUAUACCAAUGCUUGGAGAAGUAUUAUCGGGCCUCAAUCUGGCAGAAACGCUAGAAGGGUCAUUGCUUGGGAGUAUACUAACGGGAUCAACUUCGGAACCUAUUCUUCCAACAGAAGCUCUUACUGCGUGGGAAGAUCUCGCACCACCAGAACCAUAUGUCCCCGGAACACUUGCCAUAGAGGCAGAACCUGCGCCGCCGGUUGUCGCGAAGAUAGGGACAGUAGCCAUGAAGCUAAUAAUGACGUUACUCACCCCCUUUCAAUUGGCGAUAACGAGAAUAGCGUCAGCACUGAUGAAAGCACCAAUCAUAGAGUCUCUUCUGCCGAUGGUGACGACAGUAGUAAACACAGCUCUGAAACCAUUGGCUCCUGUGAUAGGUUUCUUGGGCAGUUUUUCCUCUACCACCGAGCAAUCAUCUGACCAGAAGCCGGGAUAUAUUCCAGAAAACGGUGCACCAAUAGCGGAAUAUGUUCUACCGAUAAUAGCCAAAGGGCUCACGGUUAUUUUGAAGCCAUUUGUAUCAUUAGUGGCCAUGUUCUCCGGCUCAUCUUCUACUGGUUCUCCUAACCCAAGCCUAGAAAUUUCUUUCGAUCCGGCCAAGGUGUCAUUUGUCGUCACUUUCAUAUUGAUUCCUGUGUUUGCAACGGGCUGCUACAUAAGUAUGCGGCUCUACUUUGAUGCUUGGAAUCAGGCAAAGAUCGAUGUACCCUUGCCCCCUCAAGGAAUCCCUCCUCCAGCAGGAGAUCCUGCAGCUGAUGCCCAGGCACAAAAUCUUCCACCACCACCGAAAAGAGUGCGUGAUAUGUUCACCUUCGUCUUUCAUAAAAUUCGCUUGGCUUUUGUCUUUUUAUAUCAUUUCCUCGGUGCAUCGUAUCGUCUAUUUAAAUAUGUUUUCCGUCCAUUUGCAUUUCUCUGCUAUCCGUUUAUAUGGCUUUUUGUCGGUAUUAUCUACGUUUUUGGCCCAUUUAGACGGAUGGGCUAUCCAUUCGUUUACAUAUAUGGUCAGAUUACCAGAUUGGGUCGUUAUAUCUGGGAAUUACUAGUUGAUCAACUACCAUCAGCACGAACUCUAUUUUUCCAAACCCUAGCUCUAAUCAUUUUUACAUUACAUCACAUACAACCUCUAUUUGAAUAUGCUUAUUGGCUGUUCAUAAAAUUCGAGGAUUACCGUCACCCGAGGCCUCCACUGCCCCAAUUGCCAUUCGUCAACCAAACACUUGAUGCUAUUGUUCGCCUAUACGAAAUGAUUAUCCAACUAUUCGCAGACAUAAGGCAGAGAUUAUCAGAUUUGUACAAUCAUUUGAACUUGAACAACUUUGCUCCUAUCCGAGGGAUAAUUGAUGCAAUAAUAUUCCUAUGCAGACAAAUUCUUCACAUCUGGAAUUUCUUUGUCCGCGCCUUAAGACUUUUUAAUGUUACGUUAGGUUAUUUCCUAUACGUAAUGUUGGGAUGGGAUACAAGACAGUUUUUUGCCCCUGAACAAGGGCCAGAAAUUCUUUGGGCUCUCCGAGCUAUCCGCUCUGCUCUAUGGAGGAGCCCUCUCGCUCCAGUUAAAGUUCCUGCCAAUGAAUAUAAGUUGCGCCGUCAUCACCUCCCUGGAUUUGCCCGGGGUCGUCAUCGCUCUCUUCCUCAUCCACAAUGGUUUCCCUAUUUCCAUUUGAUGAUCGGGACGUUCAUCGGCACUUUUAUAUACUUGACCGCAGGUGGUCAUCCCAGUGGCCAUGACUUCAUUUCUCGUACCAGUGACUUAAACUCAACCUUGGAUGAGAUGUUAAAAAUUUGAGAUCAUGGAAAUUUGCUGGCAAUUGUCUUUGCUGGCGCCAUAUUACAUAAAAUUCAUGGUUCUCUUUCUGGAGGGCUUGUUAGAUAAAGGGAGACUGGGUAUUCAAUCUACUCAUUGCGAGUAUCUUGAUGUGUAUUGCACAGGGAAUCAAAACCCAGAUAAUCAAUCUCAAAACUGUACAUCUGAUCGUACCCUAGAGGCUUGAAAUCAACAUACACCCUCAUUCCUUAUGUGAAAACA